UCUGUGUUCGUAGUAGCGGCUACCACUCCAGAGGACCUAAAACUUUCGGGCAUGUUUAAUGGGGGCCAAAGAAACUGUACUAUGGUGAUAUUAAUAUUCAGAAUGGACAUGUGUCAUAUCUUAAUCCAAAAACUGCUUGUAGGAAUGGGAAUCAUGACUUCAGGGAAAGCCACUUCUAGUUAGUCGGAACGCAAGUUGGAGCAGCCUCCACGGGGACCGCAUUUAUGGUCACACUGGAAAAAAUUGGAAAUUAGCAACGUUUUAUCAGUGCAUUUACACAAUUACCGUACUUUUUUGAUUGAAUGAUCUUUAGAAGCACUAACACACGGGCUUCUUAAAUAGUACAGCGUCCGCUUAUACAAGGGCUCCUGAUGAAGGUGUGCAGGUAAUACUUUGAGAGCCCUGUAAGACGCCAUGUCUGAAGAGGCAAUUUCAGAAAGUGACCUGGAGGCCAGCCUUAACAGUGAAGAGGAGUAUUUGGAAAAUGAGGAAGAGGAAGACAAUGAAGACAUGGAGGAAGAUGAGGAUGAAAAUUAUGGAGAUGAUGAAGAUGACAGUGUUGAUCGACCUGCAAGUGCCCAGAGCCAGACAGAAACGGGUCAGGAUGACAGGGACUCCACCUCAGCUACCUCCGGAGAGCCUUCCUCUGAGCCUCCGUCUCGGCCUGCAUCCUGCCCUUCCUCCAGGGCCCCUUCAAGACCCAACUCUCGUUCUCAGCCUCCAACGAGCCCAGAGAACUCGAGUCAGAGCAGGCCACCUUCCAGUAAAACAAAGAAACAGAAAGUCUCUAAACUGAACAAAUCCUCAAAGUCUCCCAAAGGCUCCAAACCUUCAAAGCCAUCUAAGCCUGCACACAUGAGGAAAAAUAUCAGGAAGCUGCUGAAAGAGGAUCAGCUGGAAGCUGGAACCAAGGCUGCUCAGCAGGAAGAGAUGGAGAGGCGGAAACGUCUGGAGCAGCAGAGGAAGGACUUUCCUACGCCAGCCCCAGCUGUCCCAGACUCUCAACUAGUGGAUCCUGCUUCAAUUUUAGGAGAAGUGUCUCACUUGGUCCCUGGUCUCCUGAGCAAGCAGGAUGUGAUCUGCCUGGACAGCAGUGGCGAAGAAGAUGAAAAAGCAGAAUCUAUGUUGCCCGGACUUCCCAUUAGAGAUGAUGUAAUAGAGCUCAGUUCUGGGGACGAAGACGCCCUACAGAUAAGCAGUGAGUCGGCUGAUGAGGAUCCUGAUGGUGCCCACGGCACAGAGGAGAGCAGUGGAGCACACAUCAACGAUGCUCUGAACAUGCCUGAUAGUCAAGGUCGAGUACUAGUUAAUAUCAAUCACCCUGCAGAGGAGAAAGACAUUUUCCUCGCCCCACAGCUGGCCAGGGCUGUCAAACCUCAUCAGAUCGGGGGAAUCCGGUUUCUCUAUGAUAACCUCAUUGAGUCUCUGGAGCGGUAUAAAACCAGCAGUGGCUUUGGCUGCGUCCUCGCUCACAGCAUGGGGCUGGGGAAAACAGUGCAAGUCAUUUCCUUUAUUGACAUCCUGCUGAGGAAUACUGAGGCCCAUACUGUGCUUGCCAUUGUCCCUGUAAACACACUUCAGAACUGGCUGACAGAGUUUAACCUCUGGCUCCCAUCUCAAGAAGCCCUCUCCCCUGACACUGACCCCACUAUUGUCACUGGUCGCACAUUCAAAGUUCACAUUCUCAACGAUGAGCACAAAACAACGCUGGCCAGGGCCAAGGUUGUGGAGGACUGGUCCAGAGAUGGAGGCGUUUUGCUCAUGGGUUAUGAAAUGUAUCGGCUGCUGUCCAUGAAGAAGAGCUUUGUGAUGGGCAAGAAAAGGAAAUCAAAGAAGCCUGCUGGACCAAUCAUCAUUGACCUGGAUGAAGAAGAUAGACAGCAAGAACUCAUGAAAAAUAUCGAGAAAGCCAUAGCCCGGCCUGGCCCCGAUGUGGUGAUCUGUGAUGAGGGCCAUCGCAUUAAGAACUACCAUGCCAGCACAUCCCAGGCUCUAAAGAACAUCCGCUCCCGACGCAGGGUUGUUCUGACAGGUUAUCCGCUGCAGAACAACCUUAUUGAAUACUGGUGCAUGGUGGACUUUGUUAGGCCUGACUUUUUAGGCACACGCCAGGAGUUCAGCAACAUGUUUGAGCGUCCAAUUCUAAACGGUCAGUGUGUGGACAGCACACCUCAAGAUGUUCGCUUGAUGCGCUACCGCAGUCACGUGUUGCACAGCCUGUUGGAGGGUUUUGUCCAGAGACGAGGCCAUGAUGUGUUGCGAGACCAGCUUCCCAUCAAGGAGGAGCACGUGAUCCUGGUACGGCUCUCUCCCGUUCAGAGGGCACUCUAUACGGAGUUCAUGAAACGCUUUCGAGAAGCAGGAAACAGUGGCUGGCUGGGCCUCAAUCCACUCAAAGCCUUCUGUGUUUGCUGCAAGAUCUGGAAUCACCCAGAUGUGCUCUAUGAAGCCUUGCAGAAAGAGAAUCAGGCCAACGAGCAGGAUCUGGACCUUGAUGACAUCACUUCAGCUAGCAACCCUCGCUGCCCUGCACCCAGUGCUGGCCUCAAAUCCAAAGUAGCAGACUCAAGCAACAGUAAAGUCAACAGCACCCUGCCACCGCUCAACUCCUCUCAGGACAGAGCCAAUCAAGUCAUCACAUAUGAAUGGGCAAAGGACAUAAUGUCCAACUACCAGACAGGAGUUCUGGAGAAUUCUGCCAAGAUGGUUCUGCUCUUUCAUUUGAUUGAUGAGAGUGUCAGAAGAAGAGACAAGAUUUUGGUCUUUAGCCAAAGCUUGUCCACCCUGACGGUCAUUGAGGACUUCUUAUCAAAGAGACCCAUGCCGCAAGGCAUUGCCUCCACUGAUGGCCAGAGCCAAAACUGGGUUCGCAACCUCAAUUACUACAGAUUGGAUGGAAGUACAUCUGCCUCAGAAAGGGAGCGGCUUAUCAAUCAGUUUAAUGACCCAGAAAACAGCACAACAUGGGUCUUCCUGCUUUCUACCAGAGCGGGCUGUUUGGGGGUAAAUUUGAUUGGUGCCAAUCGUGUAGUUGUGUUUGAUGCAUCGUGGAAUCCCUGUCACGAUGCCCAGGCUGUGUGUAGGGUUUACCGAUAUGGUCAGAGAAAGCCCUGCUACAUUUACCGUCUUGUCUGUGACUUUACCUUGGAGAAAAAGAUCUACGACAGACAAGUCUCCAAACAGGGCAUGUCGGACCGUGUGGUUGAUGACCUGAACCCAGUGCUGAACUUUACUCGUAAGGAGGUGGAGUCGCUACUGCAUUUUGUAGAGGAGGAGCCUGAAGCUGAGAAAAUCCUUCUAGAAUCCCUGGGAGAAUACGAGACAGUGAUAUCUCAAGCUUGUCAGUUAUAUCCGCACCUCAUUACCAAGCCACCUUUCCACCACGAGUCUCUGCUGGUGGACCGGAAGGAGUCAAAACUGACCAAAGCAGAGAAGAGAGCUGCUAAGAAGAGCUAUGAGGAUGAGAAACGAGCCUCUGUGCCCUAUUCUCGUCCAUCAUAUGCCCCCUAUUACCCAACCAGUGAUUAUACACUCACAAACAUACCAGCAUUUAACCAACGUGGAUGCCCUCAUAUUUCUAGGCGUCCCAUGACACGGCCAGAUGACAAGCCCGUGGCAAGUGUCAGGCCAAUUCAAUCAACACCAAUACCCAUGAUGCCUCGCCAGGUAGGCAUGGGCAUGGUUGGCUCCAGCUCUCCCGGCAGUCUCCCUGUCAACUUUCUGCAGAAAGCCGGCGUUUACGUGCAGAGGAUUGUCACUACAACAGAUAUAGUAAUCCCAGGAGCCAACAGCUCGACAGAUGUUCAAGCUCGAAUUAGUGCGGGAGAGAGCAUUCAUGUUAUCAGAGGAUCCAAAGCAGGUACCUACAUCAGAACAAACGAUGGAAGAAUAUUUGCCAUUCGAUCUGGAAAGAUCAGUCGACCCAUAGCCGGGGGUUCUGCUGCUUCAAGAGACACCCAGGGUUCAGGGAUCCGUCCAGUCAGUAAUGGCUGUUCUUCCCCUGUGGAUCAAAACCAGCGCUCCCCCAAUGGCGAACAGCGGUCCUCCUCUCCCUUAGGCACUGAGAUUCUCAGAGAGCUCAGCCGUUAUACUUCAUCCACAGGUGAUGCUGCUGCUGCAUCUGGAAUGGGGAAUGAUUUGGUGUCACCAUCAGACAUGUCAUCUGUGCCAACAGGAGAUGGAAGCACCUCACAAAACUACCAGGCCCGUGAUCUCAGUAGGCAACUCAAUGACGAGCUCUUGAGAUCAUCUUUAGAGAUGCAAGGCACCAAACGCAAGAGUACUGAAAACCAGGGCAACACACAAAUAGGAGGCAAACGUACUUCUGCUGCAGCUCAUUUCCCUGGACUAUCUAUGGGCUCUGGUGGGCUUAGUUUUCCUCCAGUGGGUCUGAACUCCUCCUCCCUACUUGGAAACCUUGGUCACAUUAGUCACCCGCUUCUAAUGGCUGGUAGUGGUGGAUCAUCAUUCCUACAAACACCAGGACAAACACUGACUGACCUACAGACCAUAUUUCCCUCUGCAGGCCCAGACCUACUGAGACAACCUGCCACAGGGAAUGGGCACCUUCCCACCCCCUCCUCAUCCUCUCUGUCCACUGUUUUCUCCUCCGCCUCUACCACCAUUCCUAUGUCAUCUACGCCCUCAGCAGCAACUUCUUCCUCCCUACCAUCAGGUUCUCUGCCUCCAUACUUGAUGAACCCCAACAUGGCUGGCCUGCUUUCAUCAAGUUUCCCCCUCAGCUACAGUCAGCCAUUGCUCUCUGAGCCGAGGAUGUUCUCCAGCUCUCUCCUCUCAGGGUCAGGGGGGUUUUCUGCACCCAACUCCAGCUCAGCUACAUCCAGCUUCCUGUCUCACUUCAACAAUCCCACUUCCAGCCUGUUGGGGGCAGCUCUGACCCAACCAGACAGACACCAGAGUACAGAGAAUGGCGGUGACAGUUCGGAUGAUGAUGUUAUAGAGGUGACAGGACAGUAGAAUCUCAAAGUCCUGGCAAGGCAGUUUCACAUACACACACACACACACAUACACACCUGUUUAACCUAAAGUGCAUUAGGAAUGGGAAUAUUUAAAUCUUUAAUGUAACUAAAUAAAUAAACCUGAAAAUGUGCAUUAUUUUCUGAAUUUGCUCUCAGAAUGUAAAAUAAUUAAAGAGGAAAAAGGUACAAUUUGAUAAGAUUAAAAUGAAUAAACAAAGAAAACUUCUCAAAGUAUAUAUGUUAAUCCUGAACCUCGUAAAUAUAAUGAAGUUACUGGUUUUGACCUUUUUUGAGAGUGCAGCGUUUCUGCAGUUAAACACUUGAUACUGUCUCAGUCCCUCAGUCAUCAGUGAAACAUAUCUGAAUUCCCAUUUCUAAUGGUGUCAUUAAACGUCACAUACAGCGACUUUCACAAUGAACACAUACCUUAAUGGAUUUACAGAGUCAAGAGUAACAAAAUCCUCAUGCUGACUGUCCCAGAGUUGUUGAGCUGGAGCAGCAGAGCAAUGGGAACAGACCUUUGUCAUACGGGGACCAGCUGAAUCUUUCAGGGGCGACAAACAGCCUCCUCUGCUGCGUUUUGAAGCGAGGCCGCGUGUGCAGUUUUCUUUCCUCUGACUUUAGAUGGAUACGAUUUGAAACUUUUUUUUUUUUCAUGGCCAGUUUCUUAUUAAAAAAAAAAAAAAAAAAAAAAAG